AUGUUUGGUAGCAACCCGUAUAACAAUUCUUCUGGAUCUGGCAAUUCGUACCAGCAGCAACAACAACAACAGCCGUACGAACCCGAAAUGGAUAUGUAUCAACAGAUCCAGAGACCACCUGUUGCAGGUUUUAGUAAUAACUAUAUGAGGCAACAAAAUUCGCAUCAAUCGUUACAAGAUCAGUUACAAGAAGAAGGGAAUGGAAACGUAGUGCAUGGCGGUUUCACAGAUCUUCCGGGGUUAAACUAUCCUACUACACCGACUCACCAAAAUAACUAUAUUCCACCAAAUUUAAUGAAUAAUGCACAACAACAACAACAACAACAACAACAACCACCAGCAAUGACUGGAAUUUUCAAGCAUAACAAUAAUUCAAAUAGCAUGAUACAGCAGCAACCACAUGUACGGAAUGAUAAUAGCGGUGCAAGUGUUAAUAACUUCUCCCAACCUGCAGCUCCAUAUCCUCCUAGUCAUUAUUCAAAUGAAUCAGAUUAUAGCCAGCACCAAAAUAAUAUGAACACUGUAAUGACACCAAUUCAGCACAGUCAAAAUCAUUAUAACCAGGCAAUUCAACAGACUCCAACUAGAAAUUUUCAAGCAUCACAACCACAUCAAUUGCAGAAUAUGAAUGCUAGUUCUAAUAACGCUAGUUCUAAUGGCGACAACAAUUACAUGUUCUUUGAAAGAAGGCCAGAUUUAUUAUCUAAAGCCACCCAAGAUAGGGCUGCUGCUGUAAAAUUGAAAGUUGAAAAUUUUUAUCAACAAUCAGUCAAAUAUGCCAUUGAAAGAAAUGAGAGACGGGUAGAAUUAGAGGGUGAAUUAACGUCGCAUAACUGGUCCGACGAAAGAAAAUCAAGGCAAUUAAGUUCUUUGGGUAAAAAGGAAUCUCAGUUUUUAAGAUUAAGAAGAACAAGAUUAUCAUUAGAAGAUUUCCAGACUGUUAAAGUUAUUGGUAAAGGUGCAUUCGGUGAAGUCAGAUUGGUUCAAAAGAAAGAUACAGGUAAAAUAUAUGCUAUGAAGACACUUUUAAAAUCAGAAAUGUAUAAGAAAGAUCAAUUAGCUCAUGUCAAAGCAGAAAGAGAUGUUCUUGCCGGUAGUGAUUCUCCAUGGGUGGUUUCCUUAUAUUAUUCCUUCCAAGAUGCUCAAUACCUUUAUUUAAUCAUGGAAUUUUUACCGGGCGGUGAUUUGAUGACAAUGUUGAUUAGAUGGCAAUUAUUUACUGAGGAUGUCACCAGGUUUUACAUGGCAGAGUGUAUACUAGCAAUUGAAACAGUUCAUAAACUAGGGUUCAUUCAUAGGGAUAUAAAGCCUGACAAUAUUCUUAUUGAUAUCAGAGGACACAUCAAGUUAUCUGAUUUUGGUCUUUCUACUGGUUUCCACAAAACUCAUGACUCGAAUUAUUAUAAAAAACUACUGCAAGAAGAUCAAGCUAAUGGUGGUUUAACUAAACCAGGUCAGACUGUGAAUAAUAAUGGCAAUAAUAGGCAAACAAUGAUAGUAGACUCGAUCAAUCUAACCAUGUCGAACAGACAACAAAUCCAAACCUGGAGAAAGUCUCGUCGUCUAAUGGCAUACUCUACUGUGGGUACACCAGAUUAUAUUGCACCUGAAAUCUUUCUGUACCAAGGUUACGGUCAAGAAUGUGAUUGGUGGUCUCUUGGUGCCAUCAUGUAUGAAUGUUUAAUAGGUUGGCCACCCUUUUGCUCGGAGACUCCACAAGAAACGUAUCGUAAAAUUAUGAAUUUUGAACAAACUUUACAAUUUCCCGACGAUAUUCAUAUUUCUUAUGAAGCUGAAGAUUUAAUCCGAAGACUUCUAUCGCAUGCAGAUCAAAGAUUGGGUAGACAUGGCGGUGCAGAUGAGAUCAAGAACCAUCCAUUCUUCCGUGGUGUUGAUUGGAAUACGAUCAGACAGGUUGAAGCGCCCUAUAUUCCAAAAUUGAGUUCAAUAACUGAUACAAGAUUUUUCCCAACUGAUGAAUUAGAAAAUGUACCAGAUUCUCCAGCUAUGGUACAUGCUGCCAAGCAAAGAGAAGAGAUGAUGAAGCAAGGUAAUGUUAAUAAUGGGGCUGUCAAGGAAGAUUUACCAUUUAUUGGUUACACUUACUCUAGGUUUGAUUAUUUGACGAGGAAAAAUGCAUUAUAG